CCUGCUCCUAUCGACUACUAAAAGGCCACAACAGCAUCAUGAACUCCCGCGUAUUCUUGGGUCUCCUCCUGUGCGGUCUCUGGGCCUCAUCUGAGUCUGUCGUCCUCUUGGGAACCACCGCCACCCUCGGCACUGUCGCCGCCACCACAGUUACCGCCUCUGCGGCGACCGCUUUGGGCGUGGGCGCGCUGGCGGUGCUGAAGGGAGCUCUUAUCGGGAAGCAUCUUGCGCGCAGAAACAAGAGGGAUGUCGACUCUGAGGCUGACGAGGCAGUGGAGGUUGCCGUGGCCCAGCAGAUGGAUUCAGCUGGCUGCGUGGCCAAGCUCUUGUGCGAAAUCGAGGCCAUGUCCGCUGACCAGCUGACUCCUGCCAUGACCUCCUUCAAGACUGCUUUCGAGAACAACGAGAAGCUCAAGAGCGCCCGAGGCGUGUACGAUCUGGCCAUCAGCUUCGGCUCCAAGUUCGCCAAGAAGGACUCGAAGGCCUGCAGCGCCCUCUUCGAGAAGUGCGUCCUGUCCAGGGAGGACCUCUCCUUCAUGCUGGAUUCCGUCUUCACUUGCUAGUCAUAAGAUUACCUGCAGAAGCAGGUAAAUUCCCAUUUAACAAAAAGAAAUAAAUUUGGUUCCUGGCAAAAUUGCUGGUUUUACCAUGUUGUUUGUUGACUGCGUAGGCGUUACUUUAAAGCAUUACAUUUCAUUAUUUUGUUUCAGUAUUAAAGGAAUAAAUUAUC